CUCGGUGGGGGCUGGCGGAGGGUGGUAAUUGAGCACAUACCCCCGUCCGGAGCUCCAGCCCAGCCCAUGAUAUCCCCCGCCGAUGCCACGCCCACCCUCCUGCGAUGGUAACAUGAGCGGAGCCUGAUGCCGGAGAGUCAGCACCAAGCCGCCCCACAGUUUUCCGUUCAGAAAUCUCUGCUGCUGCUGCCCUAGGCCCGCCCCCUGCCCCCCAACCCCGGCGCUCGUCCUGGGACUGAGUGGGGCGGAUGAUGCUGGUCUGUGGGCGUCUGCGGCGGACUUUCCGCCAGCCCACCCUUCAGACCAGCCUCCUCCUCCUCUUCGUCUUCUGCAUGGUCAGCGUUUUCGUCUCUGCUUACUUCCUGUACGGCGUCAAGCGGGAGCUGGAACCCGCGGGGGGUGCGGCGGCGCCAGACGGGGCUCCGGACGACUGCGACGACCCCAAGGCCACCCCGUCGAGGCUCCUGCCCCUGAAGACCGCCCGGCCGUCGGACACGGCACGGACCGACUCCGUCGUGCUCGUCUUUGUGGAGAGCCUCUACUCGCAGCUGGGCCAGGAGAUCGUGGCCAUCCUGGAGUCCAGUCGUUUUAAGUAUCGGACCGAGAUCUCACCCGGCAAGGGCGACAUGCCCACGCUGACGGACAAAGACCGCGGACGCUUUGCGCUGGUCAUCUAUGAGAACAUCCUCAAGUACGUCAAUCUGGAUGCUUGGAACCGGGAGCUCCUAGAUAAGUACUGUGUGGAGUAUGGAGUGGGGAUCAUCGGCUUCUUCAAGGCCAAUGAGAACAGCCUUCUGAGCGCCCAGCUGAAGGGCUUCCCCCUGUUUUUGCAUUCGAACCUGGGUCUGAGGGACUGUAGCGUGAACCCCAAGUCACCCCUCCUCUUCAUCACCCGGGCCCGGGAGGUGGAGCGCGGCCCGUUGCCCGGCGACGACUGGACCGUGUUCCAGUCCAACCACUCCACCUACGAGCCGGUGCUGCUGGCCAAGACCAAGUCGGCAGACAGCCUGCCAGCCCUGGGCGUCAGCCCCGCCCUACACACCUCCGUGGUGCAGGAUCUGGGUCUCCACGAUGGCAUACAGCGUGUCCUCUUCGGAAACAACCUCAGCUUCUGGCUGCACAAGCUCAUCUUCGUGGACGCUGUGUCCUUCCUGACGGCCAAGCGCCUCUCGCUCUCCCUGGACCGCUACCUCUUAGUGGACAUCGACGACAUCUUCGUUGGCAAGGAGGGCACGCGCAUGAAGGUGUCGGAUGUGAAGGCGCUGCUGGAGACGCAGAAUGACCUUCGCCCCCACGUCCCCAACUUCACCUUCAACCUGGGCUUCUCAGGACGCUUCUUUCAUGCAGGUACGGAUGAGGAGGACUUGGGCGAUGACCUGCUGCUGUCCUUCGUCACGGAGUUCUGGUGGUUCCCCCACAUGUGGAGCCACAUGCAGCCGCACCUCUUCCACAACCAGACCGUGCUGGCCGAGCAGAUGCUGCUCAACCGCAAAUUUGCUGCGGAGCACGGAAUUCCAACCAACAUGGGCUAUGCUGUGGCCCCCCAUCACUCGGGGGUGUACCCGGUUCACGUGCAGCUCUAUGAGGCCUGGAAGACGGUGUGGGGCAUCAAGGUGACCAGCACGGAGGAGUACCCCCACCUGAAGCCUGCUCGCUUCCGACGCGGCUUCAUCCACGACGGCAUCAGCGUCCUCCCCAGGCAGACGUGUGGCCUCUUUACUCACACCAUCUUCUUCAAGGAGUACCCCGGAGGGCCCAAGGAGCUGGACAAGCUGAUCAACGGAGGAGAGCUUUUCCUCACGGUCCUUCUUAACCCCAUCAGCAUCUUCAUGACCCACCUGUCAAAUUAUGGCAACGACAGACUGGGUCUCUACACUUUCAAGAACCUGGUCAGGUUCCUGCAGACCUGGACCAACCUGAAGCUGCAGACGUUGCCCCCGGUCCAGCUGGCUCAACGCUACUUCCAGAUCUUCCCUGAGGAGAGGGACCCGCUGUGGCAGGACCCCUGUGAGGACAAAAGGCACAAAGAUAUCUGGUCCAAAGAGAAGACGUGUGACCGGUUCCCCAAGCUCCUGAUCAUCGGCCCGCAGAAGACGGGCACCACCGCCCUGUACCUGUUCCUGGGUAUGCAUCCGGACCUGACCAGCAACUACCCCAGCAAGGAGACAUUCGAGGAAAUCCAGUUCUUCAACGGGCACAACUACCACAAGGGUAUCGACUGGUACAUGGAGUUCUUCCCCUUGCCGUCCAACACCAGUUCGGACUUCUACUUUGAAAAGAGCGCCAAUUACUUCGACUCCGAGGUGGCCCCGCGGCGGGCGGUAUCCCUCCUGCCGAAAGCCAGAAUCAUCACCAUCCUGAUCAACCCCGCCGACCGGGCGUACUCCUGGUACCAGCAUCAGCGUGCCCAUGACGACCCCGUGGCCCUGAAGUACACUUUCCACGACGUCAUCACGGCUGCCCCCGACGCGCCUAUUAAGCUGCGGGUGCUGCAGAACCGCUGCCUGGUGCCUGGCUGGUACGCGACACACCUGGAGCACUGGCUAAGCCAAUACCAUCCCAGCCAGGUCAUGGUCCUAGACGGGCAGAUGCUCAGAACAGACCCUACAUCCACGAUGGACAAGGUCCAAAAGUUUCUUGGUCUGCCGAAUAUCGUAAACUACCACAAAAUCCUGGCGUUUGAUCCGAAGAAAGGCUUCUGGUGUCAGCUUCUAGAAGGAGGCAAAACCAAGUGCCUGGGCAAGAGCAAAGGCAGGAAAUACCCAGAGAUGGACUCGGAUUCCCGCGUCUUCCUGAGGGAGUACUACAGGGAUCACAACAUCGAGCUGUCUAAGCUGCUCUACAGGAUAGGCCAGUCUCUACCCAGCUGGCUCCGCGAGGAGCUGGUCAACACCAGGUAGCGAGAAGCAGCCGGGGGAGGCGGGGGGGGAUCCCUGCCGACAAAAGGACAAGCUGACGCCCCAGCAUCAAGGCGGGGGGGGGAAUGCUCUCUCCCCUCUGCCACCCGUGUGGGUAACGACGGCGGGGGUUGGAAAGUGAACACAUUUACCCCCACAAGCAUCUUUCCUUUGAUGUGAGGGUGGACAAACUAUCGAAGGAUCGUCACCUGAAACUAAACGCACUGCAGGUUGCAUCCUGCUGAAGGGGUGAGCUGGGAACACACACCCACCCCCCCCACCUCCUGGGAACCCGGCACAAGGCAGAGGAACAGGGGGGCAUGUUGGGAAGAUGAGGAACGUUCUUAAUCAUCCAUCUUCCCUCACUUCACACGCACAUAUUUUGUUUGCUUUUGAGAGAGAGAGCAAAGGACCUUGUCUGCAUCUUGCCAGGUAUUCAAGGCGGCAGCCACUGAUGCUCUAGACGUGGCCGGACAGAAGUGUCAUUCCCUGUAACAAGGACUAUUUAAAGUUUUUGUAUUUUUUAUUUUUUUUUUGUUUUCCUGUUGCUUCUGUGAUUUUGAUUUGGAGCUUGUUUUAAUAUUAUAUAUUUUUAAGGUUUAAUUUUAUUUCCCCAUUGCUUUGUAACUCGCAGAGUACCACUGAGUGUUUGGACCGCGGGGGAAACAGAAAUCGGUUGGCUCCGUUCGCAGAUUCGGGUGUGGAACGGGACCCUGUCAGCACAGUGUAGAAAAACAAGAAAUGCACAUCUUGGGAUUUCUGGAACUGGGGGGUGGGGGUGGGGGGACUUGAAUGAGAACUGAUGUGGUGUUUCCAUGUGUGACGGGAUAAAGUAAUCGACAGGGCCGAGAGAUUCGGAGUCCGGCCUCUGUUCAGCCUCAUUUCAGGGACGAGGCCAGAUUUUUGGCCCUUUAAGGCCGUCCAUUUAGAUGCCUGUCUAAGACCCAGCUGUCUAACACGCAACUUAGAAUCUCGAUGCCCGUCUGAGUGAGCGGCGGUGUGGCUGCGUGUGAAUGGCUCUGAUUUACCUGUGGCGUGACCCGUCAUGGGUUAAAUCGAUCGGUCACAUGAGCCUCCCCGGUGUGCACUUUGUGCGCCAUCUGGUCACGUUUAGAGGCCAAGAAGUGAUUUUAAAAACCCUUCAAAAAAAAAUAAAAAAUGUUUUCUUUCAACCCUGCGCUCAAAGGCCGAGCACUCCAUUUGUGGAGAGCGGUGGGCACAGGUCCCUUCAGGACGCACUUGCGGGGGUGGGGGGGUGGUGCCUUCUCAAUCUCCAGGACGCUUUGAAAUCUGUAGUGCGAGCCUCUCGCGCAAAGCCGAAGUCAACGAUCCAAGGAGGGGGCCCGCUGCGAUCCUUCGUGCCUAUGCCACCCUAGCGCCCCAGGAUACCCCUGGAUCCCAGAAAUUUUUAAUUUUCUCGAGCUGCACACUCAUACUCUUACAUAAAAUCCAAGCAGAAUGCAUGAUGGGAGUUUUCUUUAAUGCCACAUCAAUAGUGUCCCCCGGAGGCUCUAUCAAAGCAACAUCAAAAGAGCAAUUUCAGGGAGUAUGAUGCAAGACCACAGUGCUGAACACGCUUCAUCUUGCAGGGAGGCAGUGCUGGGGUUCAGGGCUUCUGCUCCAAAGCCGUCCAGUCUGGGAAUGAGCUGGGGUCUCCUGGUCUGCCCACCGCGACCCUGUCACUUAACACGUCACCCGACUCCCUGCCGGAUGUACCAACUUUUUAAACUCCUCCUACUCCAUUUCCCAGAAUCCUCUGGCCCGAGGAUGUCUUUAAUGGUCCUGCGGCACUGUGAUGAGGCUGUUGGCUUAACGAGCUGUGAGCUUCCAGCUUUGACUUGUCUGCUUCUCCAAUCCACCAUCUUCAACUGAAAUCCUUGACGAUUUUAAGCAAUCGCAAAACUGCCUGCCACUGGAUUCUAGUACGCGUGAUGGUCUCUGACAGCCGAUUAAUGUGUCUGAUCCAAUUGCUCCACCACGGGAAUCGACGGUGGUGGGAAUGCAUGGGUGUGCAUCUAGGUCAGGAGUAGUCAAAAUAAGGGAGUGGAUUUAUGGGCUGCGGUUGCAUGACUGCCUUAAUAGCAGGCACAGAGCACGAAAUCUGUCAAUGGAAACAUUAUUUUUUAAAUGCAGACUUUCUCUGGGUUACCGCUAGAAGCCAACUUGUCAUAUUCAGCUGGGGCUGCACCCUCAGGAAGCUCUGAAAUCGUAUCACAGAUGUCAGGCCUCUUUCCGGAAACCCACAGUGCAGUAUGUUCUGUAAUGACAGUCACGACGCAUUCAGAGCCCUGAAUCUCUCAUAUGGCAGAUAGAUGUGGUCACUUUGCCGUUUGGAGGCUCUGAGCAUCCUGGAGAUGUAGACCAACAGUCUUGUGGCCCGAGCUUGAGGUAGGAAGGGGUUUGGAUCUGCCGUAACUCUGACAAUACUAACCAGGACCCGGUCCAAGGAGGAACCAUACUGAUUUGUAAUCUCAGUGGUGGUUGGUGUUAAGCUCAAGGGAGUCUGUCAUGUUCUGAAUGUUAUUUAACCUGAAAAGCUGCGGUAGGAACAUGGCUGGCCAGGCCAGACAUGGGAGAUCUCCCAUCCCGUUCCUUGCAUGCCACCACAUGGGUUCCCAGAGCACUGCUCCCUUCACUGCCCACCUCCCCCCACAGCCAACACCUCCCUCAUGAUCAGACUGCAUCCAGAAGACUUUGGCUAUGUUGUGAUUGUUUGAUGGAAAUGUCUGGAAACAUGAAAUGUUGGAUUUAAACUGUUGAGAGCAUGGGAAAGUACGAAAGCUUUUUGGUUUGUAUUUUCAUUCUCUGCUUUGGUCAGAUGGAUGUCUACAGUCCUCUUAUUCAGUCUUAUUGUCCCAACUUAGUCCUGUGCAGAUAUUCAGAAGCUCCAGUGCGAUCUAUCCCUUUCUGGGUUGCCGGUGUUGUCCUCGCAUACGCUAGCGCCCACUGGUGGACCGUAGAGCUCCUUAGCGCCUCUCAUCUUUUAUUACAGAGAAUUAGAAGCACACUUCAGUUUCACUUUUAUUUUUAACCAUUCAUGAUCCAGGGGAAAUCAAAUGCUGACACCUCCUGCGCAGAGACUCAAGCCUGUGUGCUUUGUGCUUCUGUUAGAGGGAAGGGGGCCGAGGGGGGGUGGGGGGAGAGGGUCCUAUGCAUGUUAGAGGUACUAAUUUCAGCUGAAUGGUACUCAGAACUGAAAAUCAUGGCAUUAAAACUGCAUUUUAACAGAUGUCAUUGUUUUAACAAAUAACUGCGUGAGAGCUGCUUUCAUUUCAGUGCUUUUAAAAUGUGAGAAUCUGUUUGUUCCCCCCCCCCCCCCAAUUUACUUUCUAAGUUAUUAAUUACCAUGGGGGGGGGGGGUAGGUUUCCAAUUGCAAUAUAAUUGUCCGAUCAGUUAUUUUUCUCUCCUUUCUUUCAUGGGCUCGUUUAAAAUGUCUGUGAUGUAGCAAUUUCCUCUCAGUGAGAAGGAAUUUAAAGAGCAGGACGUAUAUUUUAUGGACAAACUUUGUUUUAAUUCUCUUUUGUAAAACUUUAGAAUCUGUCCAAAGGGGCUGUGAGGGACUUUUUUUUUUUUUUUUUUUUUUUUUUUUUCCUCCCUCCAUUUUUCAGGACUCCACAGUGCCGUUGUUUGAGGAGGUGGGAUUCCUUGAAGGGUGCUGAUGUCACGGUGAGCGUUUAGGACCAGAGAAAUAAGCCAUCGCAUUAAUUUGCUGGAAGCUUUGAAGCUCUGUUCUCAAAUCUGGAUUCCCAGCAGUGUCCUCAUAUUACACCUUGGUUUUUGGGAUUAUUUUUAUUAUUAUUAAACUGCAAAUGGUCCCCCCCCCCAAUCCCGUACCUAGAGGAAUGGGUGUGUAUGUCCAGCCCCGAUCUAGGAGCCCCAGUGGACAGACCGCCUGUUUGUUUACCCCCAGCUCAUCCCUGCUUCGGGAACCUCAUCCGAUCACAUACUGAGAAUCCCUCUGGUGUUCACACUGCCCCCCCCCCCAACCAAAAGGUCCUGUAUUUUAUUGUUGAGUAUUAAUAAAGAAUGAUGAUCGGUAACCAUAAUGAUGGUAAUAAUCACCUGAACUGUACAAUCAGACUGUAACUGUUGUUAAUUUGUGUAACUAAUACUUUUGUGAUUUUAAUUUACAAAUAAAACACCACUGUCUUUUUAA